AUGGAAAGUGCGUUCAGAAACAUAUUAACGAUGAACGGUUCCAAAUUUAUCUUUAAGAGAGAUUUCUUCUGGAGAACAUGGCGUGUGGUUGAAAAUAAGACGGGAAAUCGUUCAAUAAUUUGUUACAAAUGUCAAAAUUUUAUCAACGAAACUUGUCCUAAAUGCCGCAGUGGUGGAUAUUGGAUUAUUGAAGAAAAACCACCAAGGUGUCCAUAUGAAAUACUUUCAUUAAAAACAGAUCGGGAAUUAUGUAUUGUUAAUAAUGCACAAUAUUAUAAGCCAUUCGAUGUCUGUCCAUCAGUUAUAACUAUAAGAGAUUUAAGAAUAUCUUGCGGGAAUUUUAUCGAAACAAUAUGGCGUAUUACAAAGACAUACAACGUUCCUGAACGUAGUACUACUGUCAUCUGUCAAGGGCGGGAAAACUGUGAAAUAUCAACAUUAUAUUCGAUACACAAUGAUUCGAUAGUGUUUAGAAUUAUCAAUUCAACGAAUAACGUGUUUUAUUCAAGAGCAAUGAAAAGUGAUAACAAAAAUUACGUAUGUUUUAACGAUUGCGGUAUAUUUAAUCCAGUGACUAAAGAAAUUAAAAAACGGGAAGGACCAUUAAUCUAUGAUUUAUUCAAAAAUAUCAAAAAUAAGAGAGAUAGUAAAUAUGUUAAUUCUAAAAAAGAACACAAGAAAAAAAGUUCGCCAAUAAAAUUUCAGGGGAUUACAAAGGCGGUUGAUUUGUUAAAUAAUGGCCUUCAUUAUAAAGAGCAAAGACAGAACGAAGAUGAAAAUUUACAAGCAAAUGACUCACAUCUUUCUAAAGCGAAUAAAGAAUUAUCAAAGUCUCCGUGUAUGAAAUUACAGGAGAAAUAUUUAAAAGAAUCUGACGAUGAUGAUAGUGAUUACUAUGACUAUAAGUGA